AUGGCAGAAAAACGAAAAGCAGAUACAAGUUUCUCAUCUAAUGAUGCGUCAGGACAUCUUGCUAAGCCAAUACAACUACUGGAUUCUCAUAAUGGAAAAGAUAAUUCUAGUCGGCCCACUGACAGCAGUGUUCCCCUACACACCUCUCUCUGGACAAAAGCUUUUAUCGAUAGACUAGGUGUUCGUAUUGUGUAUGAACAGUCUCCAGAGAAUAUUGUAAAAGAAUGGAGUUUGUCCGUCCUCUCUGAAAAGUACUUAGAUGAUAUCGAAACUAUGCUGCCUAAUGUUGAUUCUUGUUUAAAACAUUUGGACUUUGACUCUUUAGAAGACAUUUUGAUAGCGAUUAGAUCAGAUAGACUUCCAGUGGAUUUGUUAAAAAUAAUUAAACUUAAUACAGAUUUCCAGUAUCCAGGAUCACAUUUUGCAUCAUUUAGAGCUCGUGGUGAAGACUUUCUUUUUACUCUGUUAUACAUCAUUAACGAUAUUGAAGAAGAUGUUAUGGACUGGCAGUAUCAAAUUUUGUUUGAUAAAUUUCUUAAGAUGUUUGGAUUCACUGUCAUACAGCAACCCUUCAUGAAAACCAAAAAAUCACAGAUAAUGAGAACAACUGUAGACUCUCAGUCAUCACUGUUGUGUUACACCUCUGACCCUAGAAGACAAAGACCAGUAGUGGUGGUUUGUGAGGUGAAUAAUAAUGAAAUAUCUGAUGAGACAGCUGGAAAUCAUUCUCCUUCAAUGAAGAAGCAGAAAUCAUCCGUCUCAAUCAAUCCCAUUCUACCUCAUGUGAUUUCAGAUUCUCUGAUGGCAAAGCAUGUUGGAGAACUAUUCCUUCAUUUUGAUGAAUCAGUUUCACCCAGAGCUGUUUUGGGAAUGACUGUUCAGAGGACAGUGGUACAUAUUACAUUGCUUCAUGCACAAGAGGAUACCUUGCAAAAGAUAAGAAAUGCUGGCAGUGAGGGUUGUGUGUUUUAUGAUGAACAGGAAAAGAGAGCUCGGUUUUAUUACAGCAAACCACUGAACUACCUGAAGAGAGAUGACAGAAGGGAACUCGUGCGAUCCUUACUCCACAUCAUAUUGAUGCAACAGAGAUUUGAACAGUGAAGGGAUGUAGAAUUAGUUUGAUCAGUGCUAUGUCUCAAUUUAUUUGUUCUUUGUAGACUCCAAAAUUUUAAAAUUGUUCCAAGUGAGCUUGAAAGAUAAAGUACUGUGAAAUAAAAUAGAAAAACAGAGUCUGAAGAAUUUUUCAGAAGAGUGUGGAGAAAACAAAUUUCCAAAAACUUCCAAGGUACAAUUUGAAAAUAUAUACAUCCUAGCAUUAUUAAAUAGCAUACAUAUAUUUAAACCGGGAAUAUAUUCUUUUCUCUGUAAAAAUAAAUGAGCUUCAUAUGCAUUACAUUCAAUGCUUUUGUUGAUUUAUGAGGAGUAAUACUCCAAUUUGGGACGUAAUCAAAAUUUCCUUGAAUAACAAUUACUCA